CUUUCCAUUCCUCGGCACUGGUGGUUUUUCUCUCCGCGUCCGAUCCUCCCUCUUCCGCAUGCCCGCACGAACAACAAGCUGAUAUCGGCGGUACCAAUAUGGAGGAUGUCUCGGUGCGGCAGCCAUCGCCGCAUGCCUACGUCCGCACAAGAGUUGCCAAUGCAUGCGACAGCUGUAAGGCUCGCAAAGUCAAGUGUGACGGCAAACUGCCGUGCAGUUACUGCUUGAGGCGCCAACGACCUUCCACUUGCAGAUACUCUCCUCAGCAGAGACGACGAGCGCCGGCUCCGACGCCUCGGACUCCCUCUCCGUCUGUGCACAACGGAACACAUCAUCAGUCUGAGUCUGAGGCCCGGCACUCGGGAUCUGCAAACGAUCCCCUAGCCGAAGAGGAAACUGAGGUUCCUAGAGAGGCGCGUCUCUUGUGUGAUGCCCAAGGAAAACUGAUCUUCAUAGGAGACUGCGCGCCACUGUCGUUCUUCCAGACCGUUCGGCAGCUGGUGAAUACACGCGUAGAUCCGCAAGUCUUUGCACAUCAGAGCGAGAAUCCUCCCUUCAGACCACCUACUCACUACUCUGGCAACGGCGAGCCGAGUCUGCAUCUGGCAACAAUACCCAAGGCCAUAUCCACCUAUCAUGCAGUUACCAGUGGACUCGUAGAUCUUUUCGGCCAUGCGCACCUCGUGGAUGAGGUAGCAUCAUGGGCUCAACAAACGCACCGCUUGCAGGAUGCAUCCUCGGCCACCUUCUAUCUUGUCCUCGCCAUAGGCUAUCAGUCCUCCGAGGAAGACGUUGCUUCGGCUUAUUUCGAAUACGCACGCAACAUUGCGUUGGCCAACCUCAGUGGCAACAUCAAUGUUCCCACCAUUCAAACGUUCAUCCUUGUUACCCUUUACAUGCUUGGGUCAUGCCAAAUGAACGGCGCUUUUCUAUUUUUUGGGAUUGCCGUGAGAGCAGCAUACUCAAUCGGGAUACACCGCACUGAAAUCAACUCUCGGUUUGGUCAUGAAAUACACAGACAGCGAGAUCGCUUAUGGAAGAGUUUGCGCGUACUGGAUCUCUUCUUGAGCACGUCGAUGGGUCGACCACCCGCAACAUCGGAUGUCGACUGCACUGUACCGUAUCGAGCUUCAGAUGACAGCGGACAAGAAACAUUCGAUCUUCUUAAUGCUUCGGCUCAGAUCUUUCUGAUCACCGAGGGCAUAGUCGUAGAGGUUUACUCCCGAAGGAAGGUUUCUUAUCAGUUGACCGAAGGCAUCUCACGACAGCUACGAGACUGGUCCCUUCGCUGGCUUCAGAGAUUGAAAGAUGUUGUAGCCGUUUCCUCUGCAGAGGACGACCCUAUCAAGACCACUGGGGCCUGCCAGGUACUAUGUUCUUAUUAUUAUGCUGUCAUCUUAGUAUCACGACCUUUCCUGAUGUAUGAGCUGCACAAACGCCUGACUGAUAACUCCGUGGGUAUUUCGGUCAGCAAAUCAGGACUUGCGUCUGGCAAGUCGAAACUUGCCGAUGCCUGCAUCGAUGCUGCAAGUUUCAUGGUGGACAUCUUAGUAGGACUCACAGAGAAAGGGUACUUGAACGGACAUAUGCCACUCAUAGUAUCAUGGCUGUUCGCUUCGUCUCUCAUAUUGGGCGUAGGACUUCUUGGGUCCUUCGGCCGCAUACUGGAGAAAUACGCCCGCAACGCCAUUAUGGUGCUUGAGCAUUUUGCCAAGAGUGAUGCUCAUGCUGCACAGUAUUCGAUGAUAGCGAAAACUUUGCUUAAUGCCGCUCUCGACUACCUGGAAAAGAAGGAGUUGCAAGAACGGAUUCAGAGGACCGAGAGCUCUUCUCAGCUAUUCGGCCUUGUCCCCCGCGAUAGCGCAGACGUUGAUCAUACUCCUCGUCCUUCCUCUAACACCCAGACUACGCCUGCAGGCGCUGACCGGGCAUUGGCUACCAAGCCUACCAAUUCGGUUUCCGGCUUCUUGGGCUUAGGCUUCGGUUCACCACCAUUUGCGGAUGUGGAUGCAUCGUUCCUUGGUCUCUCAGCAUCCCUGCCGCAAACCCCGGAUCUAUCUGUGCUUGAUGGAAGGCAUGAUGAUCAUGGUUUUGGCGAUCUAAACUUGUUCCAACUUCUUGACGGAGACGGCCAUAUCGAUCUCGGCCCUUACAUUUGAGAAAGGCUACUCUAGUGUCAGAUUUAAAUCCCCAGUCAGCCGUUGAUGAUAACAAUGGUCUUACGUCCUAAACACGAAUAGCCACAUAGUUAAGCCCUUUAUUCACUGCUUACGGCAAAUAACCC